AUUGCCCUCUCCUUUCUCUCUCUACUGUUCUUCUCUCUCUCUCUCCUAUCACCGAGUUUCAAACUUUCUCAUCCAAUCCUCGGCGAUCUAGGGAGAGAGAGGGAGAGAGAUUAAGCUUAUGUGUGUGCACACACACCUGUAUGUAUACUUUCCAUUUCACCUGAAUUUUAGGGCAUCACAUUGUGCUCGCUGCUUGAUUUGAGAUACCAAGGGGAGGAAUCCAAGUUAGAUUUAUGGAUUUCCUCAUUUCAACGGAAAUGCGAUCGUUUGAUUCUCUGUUAUUCGCCGCGAGCAGAGGUUUAUGCAGUCCAAUUGCAAUUUUUAUUCAGAUCCAGGGAUUUUUCAUUUGCUUACUGCUUGCCCUUGGCUGGGUUUUGGCUUCUUAUGUCAGGAAUAAAGAGAUAAGAAAGAUAAAAGAAAGCAUGAAGCGUGGCAAUCACUUUGCUUUUCUUUGCUAUGAUAUUAAUGAGCUGGAGCACUCUAUUCAGGUCAACUUGCCAAGAGUUUCAGUUGUAAUGCCUUUGAAGGGUUUCGGGGAACAUAAUCUGCAUAACUGGAGAAGUCAGAUUACAACUUUAUAUGGAGGCCCUGUGGAAUUUCUUUUUGUUGUGGAAAGUGUGGAAGACCGUGCUUACCUUGCGGUCUCUCAACUAUUAAAGAGUUAUCAGGAUCACGUUGAUGCCAAAAUUGUCGUGGCUGGUCAUUCAACAACCUGCAGCCAGAAAAUUCAUAACCAAUUGGUUGGAGUAGAGAAUAUGCAUAAAGAAAGCAAGUAUGUGUUGUUUCUAGAUGAUGAUGUCAGGUUGCAUCCUGGCUCAAUUGGAGCCCUCACUGCUGAAAUGAUAAAGAACCCAGAUAUAUUCAUUCAAACUGGAUAUCCUCUUGAUUUGCCAUCAGGAAGUCUAGGAAGUUACUGCAUAUAUGAAUAUCACAUGCCUUGUUCUAUGGGAUUUGCUACUGGAGGAAGAACGUUCUUUUUGUGGGGAGGAUGUAUGAUGAUGCAUGCAGAUGAUUUCAGAACCAAUCGACAUAAUGUUGUCUCAGACCUUAAGGAUGGUGGCUAUUCAGAUGACAUGACUCUUGCUGCCAUUGCAGGGGCGCAUAAGAGACUGAUUACAUCACCACCAGUUGCUGUUUUCCCCCAUCCACUUGGAAGUGAUCUUAACUUUGGCAGGUACUGGAACUAUUUAAGAAAACAAACAUUUGUUUUGGAAUCGUACGCGACCAAAAUCAAUUGGGUUAUGAAUCGUGCACUAUUUUCUGUCCACUGCUACUUAUCAUGGGGAUUUGUCGCUCCUUUCGUCAUGUCUGGGAUACAUUUGGCAGCAGCUCUGAGAUUUCACUCCAAUGGGUAUUCAUUUGAUGAAGCUGUUUUGCCAUCUACCGGAUUGUUGCUUGCGGGUUGCCUUGCUACAUGCACAACUAUCGAACUUCUUUCCAUGUGGAACUUGACUAGAAUAGAGGUGCAGCUUUGCAACUUAUUAUCCCCAGAGGCUCCACCACUAUCACUUGCUUCCUACAACUGGUGUCUCGUAUUUAUCGCAAUGCUGGUGGACAAUUUUCUCUACCCUAUAUCUGCAUUCCGAUCACAUUUUAGCCAGUCCAUCAACUGGUCAGGCAUACGCUACCACUUGAAGGACGGGAAGAUAAGCAAGAUCGAUAGAAGCAAGGAUAAGGGGCCUAAGUUUACGGAUUUAGGAGGGAAGCAUUUGUAUGGGAAGAAAGGAGCUCAAAACAAUUCUUCUUUUUUGGUAUGUUUGUCCAGGACACUUGCUCACUGGAGGCAGCCCAAGAAAUAUGAUGUAUAGACUGACUGCUCUUAAAUUAUUGAAAUUCUAUUGGAUUGGCUACACAACUUUAGACUUUGGAUGAUUUGUUACUUUUUAGAUUAGUCCAAUCGAUUGAUUCUUGAGUUUGGUGAAUGAUUCUUGUAAUUGUAUUCAUGUUGUGCAACCUGGUAAUAUUUUUUAUUCGUUCAAAAUUUCAUAUACUCUAGUGGAGUAUAACAUAUUGCA